CGCCAGUGUUUUACUUUGGAGAAACUGAGUACCAUGUGGAUGAGAGUGAUGGUUAUGUCGAAGUCCGGGUUUGGAGAACAGGAAGUGACCUUUCCAAAACCGGAACUGUCACAAUACGGUCUCGAAAAACUGAGCCUGUUUCAGCCGAAGCUGGUGUGGACUACGUUGGGAUUAGUAAGAACCUAGACUUUUCUCCGGGCGUCACCAUGCAGACAUUCAAGGUUACAAUCCUGGAUGACCUGGGACAGCCGGUGCUGGAGGGGCCAGAGAAAUUUGAGCUGGUUCUCCGUAUGCCAAUGAACGGCAUAUUGGGUGAACCAGGAAAAGCUACAAUCUACAUCAACGACUUCAUCUCAGAUUUGCCCAAGGUGCAGUUCCGAGAUCCUACGUACACAGGUAAUGAGAAUGAUGGGCAGAUAUCUGCUGUAGUGUACCGGAGUGGAGAUUUGAGCUACAAGUCCAGUGUGCGGUGCUACAGCCGUCAAGGUUCGGCCCAAGUCAUGAUGGACUUCAACGAGAGGCCGAACACAGACAUCUCAACCAUUGUCUUUUUACCAGGAGAGGUGGAGAAGCCUUGUGUCCUCAUCCUUGUGGAUGACACCGAACACGAGGAAGACGAGGAGCUGAGAUUGGUGCUGGGAAGCCCCAAGAGCGAGUCUCCAUUUGGGGCCUCCAUAGGGGCUCAGAAUGAGACACUCGUCAAGAUAAAGGACGAUGCUGACAAGGCCAUUAUCAGGUUUGGAGCAACCAAGUUCAGUGUCAGUGAACCUAGUGAGUCAGGGCAAAUCUCAGUGGUGAGGAUCCCGGUCCAGAGGACAGGAGACACAUCCAAAGUGUCUGUGGUUCGGGUCCACACAAAGGAUGGCUCGGCUUCCUCUGGAGAAGAUUACCAUCCCAUCUCUGAAG